AUUGUGACUGCAAGAAUGUCUUUUCCACCUCAUUUGAAUCGCCCUCCUAUGGGAAUCCCAACACUUCCCCCUGGGAUCCCACCUCCACAAUUUCCUGGCUUUCCUCCACCUGUACCUCCUGGGACCCCUAUGAUUCCUGUACCAAUGGGCAUUAUGGCUCCUGCUCCAACUGUAUUAGUUCCUACCACAGUGUCCAUGGUUGGAAAGCAUUUGGGAGUCAGAAAAGACCAUCCUGGCUUAAAGAACAAAGAAAAUGAUGAAAACUGUGGUCCCACUACCACUGUUUUUGUAGGCAACAUUUCUGAGAAGGCCUCAGACAUGCUCAUACGGCAGCUUCUAGCAAAAUGUGGCUUGGUUUUGAGUUGGAAGAGAGUGCAAGGGGCAUCUGGAAAACUUCAAGCCUUUGGAUUUUGUGAGUACAAAGAACCAGAUUCCACACUGCGAGCAUUGAGACUACUCCAUGACCUCCAGAUUGGAGAGAAGAAGCUGCUAGUCAAAGUUGAUGCAAAGACAAAGGCUCAGCUAGAUGAAUGGAAAGCAAAGAAAAAGGCAUCUAAUGGGAACUCCAGACCAGAGACGACAAAUGACGAUGAUGAAGCACUGGAUGAGGAAACAAAGAGAAGAGAUCAGAUAAUUAAAGGGGCCAUUGAAGUCUUAAUACGAGAAUAUUCCAGCGAGCUCAAUGCCCCCUCCCAGGAAUCUGACUCUCACCCCAGGAAGAAGAAAAAGGAAAAGAAGGAGGACAUUUUCCGCAGAUUUCCAGUGGCCCCACUGAUACCUUAUCCACUCAUCACCAAGGAGGAUAUAAAUGCUAUAGAAAUGGAGGAAGACAAAAGAGACCUGAUAUCAAGAGAGAUCAGUAAAUUCAGAGAUACACACAAGAAACUGGAGGAGGAAAAAGGCAAAAAGGAGAAAGAAAGACAGGAAAUUGAAAAAGAACGCAGAGAAAGAGAAAGGGAGCGGGAGCGUGAACGAGAAAGGAGGGAGCGUGAAAGAGAGAGGGAGCGUGAACGAGAGAAGGAGAAGGAACGGGAGCGUGAACGGGAGCGGGAUAGGGAUCGUGACCGAACUAAGGACCGGGACAGAGACCGUGAACGAGACAGAGAUCGUGACAGAGAUCGUGAAAGGAGUUCAGAUCGCAAGGAUCGGAGCAGAUCAAGAGAAAAAAGCAGAGACAGGGAAAGAGAAAGAGAACGCGAGAGGGAAAGAGAACGGGAGCGAGAACGGGAAAGAGAAAGAGAGCGGGAACGGGAAAGAGAACGAGAGCGGGAACGAGAGCGGGAAAAGGAUAAGAAGAGAGACCGAGAGGAAGAUGAAGAAGAUGCCUACGAACGACGAAAACUAGAGAGGAAACUGCGUGAAAAAGAAGCUGCAUAUCAGGAGCGUCUUAAAAACUGGGAAAUCAGAGAACGAAAAAAAAGUCGAGAAUAUGAAAAAGAGGCUGAAAGGGAAGAAGAAAGACGAAGGGAAAUGACAAAGGAAGCUAAACGGUUAAAAGAAUUCUUAGAAGAUUAUGAUGAUGACAGAGAUGAUCCAAAGUACUACAGGGGUAGUGCUCUUCAGAAGAGGCUACGAGACAGGGAGAAAGAGAUGGAAGCAGAUGAACGGGAUAGGAAAAGGGAAAAGGAAGAAUUAGAAGAAAUUAGGCAGCGUCUUCUGGCAGAAGGACACCCAGAUCCAGAUGCAGAACUCCAGAGGAUGGAGCAGGAAGCUGAGCGGCGCAGGCAGCCACAAAUUAAACAAGAGCCAGAGUCUGAGGAGGAAGAGGAAGACAAGGCAGAAAAAGAGGAAAAGAGAGAAGAGCCAGAGGAAGAGGAGGAGGAGCCUGAACAAAAGCCCUGCCUUAAACCAACAUUACGACCCAUCAGUUCUGCUCCAUCUGUUUCUUCUGCUAGUGGAAAUGCAACCCCUAACACACCUGGUGAUGAAUCUCCCUGUGGCAUUAUUAUCCCUCAUGAAAAUUCACCUGAACAACAGCAGCUGGAGGAGCAUCGGCCCAAAAUAGGACUUAGCCUCAAACUGGGUGCCUGCAAUAGUCCUAAUCAGCCCAAUGCUGUAAAAAGGAAGAAGCUUGCUGUGGAUAGUGUUUUCAAUAAAUUUGAUGAUGAAGACAGUGAUGAUGUGCCCCGCAAAAGGAAACUUGUCCCCCUGGAUUAUGGAGAUGAAGAUAAAAGCAAUAUCAAAGGCAGUGUCAAUACAGAAGAAAAACGCAAACAUAUUAAGAGUCUCAUUGAGAAGAUUCCCACAGCAAAACCAGAGCUCUUUGCUUAUCCUCUUGAUUGGUCAAUUGUGGAUUCAACAUUAAUGGAACGUCGAAUUAGACCAUGGAUCAACAAAAAAAUAAUAGAAUAUAUUGGUGAAGAAGAAGCCACGCUAGUUGACUUUGUUUGUUCUAAGGUUAUGGCUCACAGCUCACCACAGAGCAUACUGGAUGAUGUUGCCAUGGUACUAGAUGAAGAAGCUGAAGUUUUCAUAGUCAAAAUGUGGAGGUUGUUGAUAUACGAGACAGAAGCAAAGAAGAUUGGCCUAGUGAAAUAAAGCACUCUCCUUGCUUCUAGGGCUCCAUUUCAGUUUUAGGCUUUUUUUUCCCGAUCAUUCAAAGACUCUGAAUUUUCUCUGUUCUCAGAGACUUGAGACCUGUAUUUUUUUAUGUAGAAAAUGUGAAUUUUUUUUGUCCUCUGCUCUGAGGCCUCUUUCACCUUCACAAUUAGUUAUCUGAAUCCUGCAUUUGGUUCUCUUUAUAAUACACAAGGUACAAUUACCAGUAUGUUUUAUAAGCUGCAGCUACUGUACAUGCUCUUUGGUAAUUUUGUUAUGUUACUCUUAUUCUUGUAAAUAUUAAGAAAAAAAUUCCCCUGUUUUGCAAAACAUUUGCACUUAAUGUGGAACUAUAUCACUGAUAGGUGAAGACAAAGGAUUUUACUGCAAGUGCUUUUUGGGGGGGGCAUACUUUCCCUCUUUUUAUUUAAAAAUCAUCAAAAUAAGAUUUAAAAAUAAGUGGCUUGAGCUGUUUUCACAGAACAGCUUUGUGUGUUCAUGUGGAUUCUUCAUCUGACUCUGGAAAAGGAGUUCCUUCAGAUUUUUCAUUCUGAUGUGAACCAGUGGUAGUCUUGGUACUUUGUUCCCCAUUUAGAAUUACUAGUGAAGCUGGGAAGUUAAAUCUCUUGCAGAUGCUCUGCUUCUUUCCCAGAAAGUGCAAAUGGCAGGAAGUUUUUUAUUUGCUCAGUUAAAACAAGAGUAGGACCUCAGUAAGUGCUAUCUAAUGACUUUUUUUUUUUUUUUAACCUAGGACAUCAUCUCAAUUUCAUUUUAGUCCUUACCCACUAUCCCCUCUGUCUCCAGAAUAAUCAGAUUACUUUUUUUAAAACAAAUUAUUUUUAAAAACAUUUUUAGUUCAUAGAAACAAAACAAAAAACCUUGUUUCAAUGUAACUGUCUCAAAGAAAACUUAACUGUAAGUUUUCAAACAAAGCUGAAAUCUUGUUUUUAUCCAUACUGUUAAACUAGCCCUGAAUUUUGUUUUCUACUGUACGCAGUCUAUUGUCCACAAAAAGAGGGUAAUAUUUUCCUGCCUUGUUUGUAUGGGUUUUUUUAUAAAUAGUCUGAUAUGGUAUAAAUGAUGACAUGUACUGUAAACUGCAUUUUUUUAUCUCAUACCUGGGUAAGAAGUCAAAUCGAUAAUAUGCUGUGAGCGGUUUUGAUUGCAGGAGGACUGUAUUCCAGGGAGCAAACUGUCUCAAAAAUAUUUUUAAUUUUUAAAACACAGUUCUUAAUAGCAAACAAAUAAAGUAAAGGUGUUCCAGUAUCUCUAUAUUGUAUUUAACUGAAGGAUGCAGGCUGACCUGUUCAGAAAAGAUAACUGUGACCUUGAGUUACUAGUUCUUUGUAUCUGGAGAGGACACUUGAAAACACUGUUCUUAAAAAAUGGGAUCGUGUAAAGGUUCCACCAUGUAAAUAUUUCAGAUAUUAAAAAUGUAUAUAUUUGAUUCAA